AUAACCUCAUCAAAGCUUGAUCAGUAAAACAUCCUCGCAUUAUUGCACCCUCUCACGGUGCCUAAUACUGGAAACAAAAUGGCUUCUACUGGCCUUGGGGCAAAGCGGGGGCCAUCUGUGCUGGUCACCGAUUCUAGGGAACAGCAGCGGCGAGCUCGGCCCCGGCAGCCUGCGAGAGAACCAAGAUCGACAACACGCCUCAUCAGUGUCGAUAAUGUGCUGCAAUAUGCAAGUGAAAUCCCCUCGCAGCAGCAGCGCGGUCCGCCAGGCCGUCGACCAGUCGCUGCCGGUCCACGACCGGCCAUUCGAGGAGAUCCAAGACUACUAGCCCGACUGACUCCGCAGCAUAUGCCAUCGCGUUCGACGAAGCUUUCGGAAAAGCUUGUUCUUUUACCGGAGCUGGCGGAGGAGGAUGAGACGGGGGCAGAAGCAGACUUUGGUGUCGACAACGAAGCUGCGCCUCUACGAGAUGACGAGGAAGCACGCCGCACAUUCCCCAGCUCGAGAGCAAAAUCCUAUGCCGAACGGCUUCCCAAGGCGAGCCGGGCCGAGAAGCUACCGCGUGUCACGGCGUACUGUACCGCGCAGGCGUUCAAGACGAAGCUGACAGCGAGCUUCGUAAAGGACAAGCAUGGCGCAAAGACCAAACUCUACGACGAUUGUCUCUAUACUGCAUAUCAUUUGCCAUUACUUCCUGGCUCAGAUGGCUAUCGAAUACGAAGCAGUCCGGUGAUCAAGAGUCCGGGAGGAAAAGCGGUGCUCGACGAGGAGAUUGAAAGAAGCGAGCAGCGAACGUACCGAGAAGGAUACUUUGAGGAUGCGGCACAGUAUGGCGUCAAGGGAGGGGAAGAAGCCGGCGGACGCGAGAGUCCCCUCCAGCAUCGUGAUCAUGAUGAUCAAGAUGCAGACCACCAUCACGACUACCAUGAUGGUGUUGACGGUGAUCGCCAGGGACGACCCGAAGAGAGUGACAGUGGAGGUGCGGGUGGCCGACGGGACUCUACGCGCUCCGAUUCACCAGCCCGAAUAGCUCCAGAUGCACUCAGCUUUGCUGAAAUGUUUGUCUUCACAUAUGGCGUCGUAGUGUUUUGGAACUUUUCCGAGAAGCAGGAAAAGGAUAUCCUUGCCGACUUGACCUUUUCUGAAUCCGAGACUGGCCUGUCGCUAGCAUACCGCCCACAGCGCGAGGAAGAUUUUGAAACGGAGGAAUUCCAUUUCGAGUACCGCCCGGAGAUUCCAAGGCCACGGGUGUUUAAUGACAUGAUCACUCUGCGCUCGGGAGACCACAUGAUCAAGCUGGCCAUGUCGCAUGCUAUUGCGCAGAGCACCAAGUUGUCCUUUUUCGAGGAGAGAAUGGCGAAUACCAUGCUCGAAGCGCAAUAUGUUCCUCGCCGGCUUGCUCUGACGGGUCACCUGGGCAUGACAAGAGAAGAGGUCAUGAGGAUUCUUGGCCGGCUAUUCAAGAGUCGCGUGGAUGUCAAUCUUUCGUCCAACAUGCUCGACGUACCCAACUUUUUCUGGGACAGCGAGCCAACUCUACACCCUCUAUACUUUGCCGUCAGGGAAUACCUUGAGAUCAAGCCGCGUAUCCAAGUCCUGAACGAGCGUUGUCGCGUCUUUCUCGACCUUGCCGCAAUCCUUACCGAUGCCAUUGCCGAUAAGAAGAUGUCUCGCCUGACUUGGAUCAUCAUCGUCCUCAUUGUCAUUUCCAUUGGCGUCACUUGCUCCGAAGUGCUCAUCCGCUUCGGCAUGCUCUCGACCAGAUCAAAAUCCGCCCUCCUUUUCAGCAGCGGCAGCGGCAGCGACUUGAUUUGAACCUUUUCAUCUUCUUGUGUAUAUUGUAUACCUACCUUAGCUAUCCAUCCCCUUUGGUCGUACUUACAUACCUAUCAUCCUUUUGGUCGUAUUUACAUACAUUUUCAUUGUAAUUAUUCCACUUUCCUUCACUCUAUCCUCCCUACCUUUCCAUCUUUCUCCCUUCCCUGUUUCCCUCCUUCUCGUUUCUCCUCCCAUUUUUUUCUCUCCUUCACUCUGUCGAUAAAUCGUCCGGACGUCAGCGCGUCGCUAUUUCCCUGUGAAUGCUUCGCUUUCCUUUCCGUGGGGACUUUCUCUACAUCAUGUUACUCUUCAUUGUCUGUUUUGUCUCUUUUUCAGCGAAUUGCUUAGUUAGCUUCAAUACUUCGGGGAUAUGUACCUUGUCGAUAUGUAUCUACCUUGUGUACUUUACGUUAUCGACAUAUAUUUCUUACAUCAUCGAUCUAUGGGUCCUUUCAGUGU